CAUAUCACAGUGGAAACAAGAAGAAGCUGGUCAGAACCCAGAAAAUGGAGAAGAGCGACCAAGCUUUGACUCUUGUGCUUCUGGCUUUACUGGGAGGUUUUCUGGCCUCUGCUGUGGAAGUUCAGCCUUCCAUCAACCCUGCAGUGGUCGGRGGCACAGUGAUGUUCUCCUUGUCUCCACCCAUGAGUUUGAAAAGUGGAAGCUGGGCACUGGGAGAGACUCUGAUCCUCAACUGGGUUGGGGACCAGCAGGCGUUUUUUCCUGGUUACAGCGGCAGGGCUUCUGUGAACCUGACCACCGGAGCUCUCACACUGAGUUCUCUGAAGCUGACCGACUCUGGAGUCUACGUGGUGCAGAGCAACGACCCGGCUCUGAGUGCCAAUGCUUCUAUUACUGUCAUAGAAACUGUUUCAAAUGUGACGCUCAGCACAAAUCAAACAGACCUGACUGAGUUCAACAGUUCAGCAGUCAUGAGGUGCUCUGUCUCCUCGGGAUCUCCUCUCUCUUUUCUCUGGAUGAACGGCAGUUCUACGAUUACAGCCGGCAUCAGAGUCCAGGUGACGGAUGGAAACGCCACUCUCAUCGUCACCAACGUGACACGCUAUGACUCAGGACCAUUCAGCUGUCACGUGUUCAACCUCAUCAGUAAUGGGACCAGUAAUCCAGUAAAUUUCACCAUCAGCUAUGGUCCAGAAAACAUGGCUCUGACAGUGAAUGGGUUGAGCGGGACUUCCUUCCCAGUCGGAUCCAAUCUGACCAUGCUGUGUUCAGUAAACUCCAGCCCUCCAGCUCAGCUUCAGUGGGCCUUCAGAGGAAACCUCAUGAACACAACAGGAGCCAUAUUGCAGCUGUUCCUUGUCAGUCAAAACCAAAGUGGUCAAUACUCCUGCCUGGCCUUUAACAACCGCACCAAUAUGCUCAACAGUAUAACCAAAGACAUUACAAUAUCAAAGUCUGAGCAGCAGGUGAUGAAUGUGUUACUCCUUCUUCUGUCACUGACUGGAUUCUUGUCAUCUCUACCAG